CUCAAACAGAAAAUCUGAAACGAGAAGAAUACGAUGAAGAUCCCAUUCCUCGGUCUAUGCAUACUCUCGUUACUGGUCAUCAGUUGUUCAGAGGCACGUCCAAAUCAGAAACAGAGAACAGAUGAAUUGGUGAAACGAGCCGUUCUUGUCGACACUGUUGACGUUCCUCCAAUUUCACGUCGACAAUUCAAUGGUAGAUUUGGUGGCGAGACGACGCACAUUAGACGUUUUUACUAAUUCGCAUAAAGCUUCCAUCACCUACUUUCAUCUGUCGUGAAUGGACUUCUCGAAGUCAUGUGGACUGAUCAUGCUAUUAUUAUUGAUGUGAAAUGAAUAAAUUAUUGUUUUUCU